UUUUUUGGUAUUGCAUCUUGCACCAUCUUUCUUGUUUUUGUUACUUUGAUUCGUCUUCUUCAGCUCGACGUUGAUAUCUUUCGUUUGCCGCUGACCGUGUGUACAAUUAGAAAAGGAAAUGGAGAACUCCUUGCAGGGCCUUUCGGUACUGGUGCCAUACGAGCAGCAGCAGCUACUCAGUGCGCGUCAACAAGCAGAAAGGCAGAGCAUUUUGGAGCAGUCCCUGCGUGGCGAAUCAGCCUUCGUGCGGCUUUCCCUGGAUGACCAGGACUUUUUCCACGAUGCGUUGGAGGGAGAAGAUGGGUCGUCAGCCUCAUCUAGCAGCGGUCCUCGCGAUCAUGAUAGGCCAAGAUCGACGUACUUGCUCGCGUUCAAUUUUCGUUUUAUCGUACAACAUGAACAUGAGUAUCAAUCGACUUGAUGUUAGAAUCUUUUGAAGAGAAGCACAGCUUCUCCUUCUGCUACUGAUUGUUUUUGAAGAGAUUCCACUGUCCUGAUUUGUUUUUAUGUCCUCGAUCGUGUAGUGAAAAAAGGGAGCACCUGACAGAUGAUAUUGAUCAGGGUCGUUGUUCCACCUUCGGAGGUCCUUCAUGGCGCAGCGCGUAAUCGGGCGCCGGGGACUUCACCACUUCACAGUAUGCGACCCGGUCUUGUUGGCCAGCAAGAUGACCUCCGCACGAGUGCUUCCUCUCACGAGCGGCUCAGCGGGUCGCAGCAAAUUCUCUCAUCUCCGCUGCCAACCGUGUCGGAUCUCAUCUGGGGCAUGUCUUCUCUGGGCUCCUAUCCAUUGUUGAAAAAAAGUAUCGUACUAGUCCCACUUAAUAUGUUAGUUGCACGACGACUGAAGUUGUAGUAAUUCUAGUUUCCUAAGAAGACAUAACGGAAUUAUGUGUAAUGCGCAUGCUGGUAAGGAAAGUGAGUUGCAUUUGUAGUGAUGCUGCAUGGCGCUUCGAAGAAAAAGUGUGAGCAGUGCGAUGAAACUUUUUUGCCCGAGGAUAGCUCUUCUGCUGAGCAUCCAAUCCAGCAUUCGCAGCGCCUCGGGCUCGCGGGUAGGUCGCCUGCCGCGGGUGGAAGCGUCGCGCGCAAUGUCAAUAACGCUGGUGCUACAGACAGCUUCAUCAGCCCGGUCGCCGGGAGGCCGCUAGGAAAAGUGGUAGAAGGCGAAGGUGGCACGACAAGAACUGGUGUGGACGCCGGCAUGCGUGCGAACAACAUUGGUGAUUUUGGCGGCCUCAGACAAAAAGACGAAGAGAAGAUUGAUCCUGAACUGCGGCACGAAGAAGAAGGCACUCCGUUGGCAGGUCGAUAUGUUGGAUACGCCGCGUCUUCAGAGGCAGAUAAUGUAGAUUUUCGUGAUAAAGACAAGUCUUGUUCACGCGACGGAAUCCAUUCAGCCGCACUGCUGGACGACGUCGUCGAGCCGAACAGAAUAGAAAACAGUUCGGAACUGCAAGAAUCCGAAGCUGCGGUGCGGCGCGCGACUCCAGCAACAAUCAAUAAGUGGGAGCAUGGAAUCGACUUCAACCUCGAGCUUCCGGACUUAAACCAUGCCAGCAGCAGCUCCUGCGCAACCACUUCCGAGCGGUUGCAUGAAAUGCGAGCGGCGGCGGUUCCCAAUUGCCACCUGGAAUCGUCACCGGAAGGAAGGGACCCGCUGCUCGACACGUUCUACUCCACCGGCACAGCCUGCUCUGCCGCCGCGCCCGCUGCCACGAAUACUGAUGAAACCGGCACGGCUGCCACGGACAAGGAUGAAACGGGCCCCCGCGGACAGCAGCAGUGCCAGCCGAGAGCGCCGAAAAUGGAGGCGGUCUCCCAAGCCACCAGAGGCUGCGACGAAGACGAACUCUCGCCAAUCAAGGCGGGCCGUUGCUUCGUCGAAGAAAGAGCUAGGACCAGCGGGGAAGACCAAGAAGUUAGGCGUGGAGUAGAGAUCGAUGAUGCCACUCGUCCCACUGCUUUAAACAAAAACCUGCAAAACGGGGAGGAUCGCGCGGCAUCUUCUCUUGAUGGGGUUCCUGGUGCAGCUGCACUGCGUGAGGACUGCACCGAGGACGUGACGACUCGCGUGGAGAAAGUGAAGCAGAAUCUUCAGGAAAGCAGUGACCGUUUGCACGCGCGUGCACAGAAGCUACUGGAAGAGCUCCGCCUCGAGAACGACAAUGCUCCAGCUUUGCCAUUGCCAACCUUUGAUCUUCCAGCUACAGCAGAAAGUCCCGAGGGGGAACCGAUAGGCAGUGGCUUUGAAGACGGAAGCAAGAUCAACAGGAUUGACUGUGCUGGCAUCAAACCGAACACAAUGAUGCCAAGAAUUUGUGAUGUGGACGACAUCAAGGACAGCCAAGAGCUGCAUCAGGCGCAAGAAGACAACAUGUUGAGCCGCGAGCUUCAUGUCGAUGAAAUCACACGUUCUUCGCAAAAGGAGCCUGGAGAGGGCGGGCUCGGGGAGCUGCCUGAGGCGCGCGGUUUCAGAGGAGUCACUAAGGCUGACUACGAUAAACUUUAUGCAAGAACCGCUACCGCAACCGCUUCUGUCCCGAACAAGGCUGAAACAACGAGGACAACGAGUGCACCCAGGGAAAACGAAAAGGUGAUGCAGGACCCCAGGCAAGAUUUAGGUUGUACUCCCUGUCGAACAUCUUCGAGCCCGGAGGCCGACGGCGGCGCGUGCAAGACAUCGAUACGAGAUCAAGACGUACAAAUUCAAAUAACAUAAACACAAAUUGGAAGAUGAAGUAGCGGAGGCAACUUUGUUUUUUUUUAUUUGAAAAGAAGUACUACGUAGUAGAUAGACGACUCCCGUUGUAAUACCUCAUCAUCCUCUUGUUGUAGUUGCUCUUGAUGAUGUUGAUGCUAGGCGACGACUUGAAUUUGAUCGAGAUCGCGUCACAUGUGCUAGUAUGUGUACUACAAUAUAAAUAUGGAGGCGCGACGGCGACUCCAUAUUUAUAGUUCCCAAAAUGAACAAGAACAACAGAGCACGGAUCGCCGGGGCUAAAGAUACAUGAAAAAGAGGAAUUUGAAAUGAUGCAACCGCACCAGGUUAAUAUGCUGGGAACAAGUCCGCAGCUGGUCGACGAGACUGGAAUGAAAUUCACCACCCCACGUGCGAGCGGGGUGCUGCCAGAUUGUGGUCUUGUUCGCGAGCCGCUUCGGGCGUCGGACAGCUUUCGUCGUGCCUCCCCAGAUGCGGUAAAGUCAACAUCACCACAGGAGCUGCGCCAGGAGCUAUCUACUUCUGCUUUCCAUACCCCAGCGAGCGUGUACCACUUGAGUGACCAAGGCAGUGUGAAUCGCACCCUCGCGGAGGAAAUGGUAGGGGAUUGUUUGAUAUCCCCUGCAGCAAAAGUAUCGCACUCGUAGCAAGAACCGCAGGCACAUCGUGCCGCAGCACAAUUAUGACAAUAUCAUAUAUCUUUACUUUUUUUGUAAGCUAGAUCAGCAACAUUCCGCAAGCUUGCCAUUCUUCUAAAGGAAAUCGAUAUUCUCAUGCAAUAGGUACUGCUCAAAUAAAUAGAUAUAAAAUUGAUAAAUUUGACGACUACGAUAGCGAUACCUUUGCGAUGCAUAUUUCACCUCUUACGACUUCGACUUCGAGGACGAGACUCCUGCAGCUGGUUACGCUUCAAUCCGUAGCGGUACUUUCGAGCAGCCACAGUGGAACAAGAGCAACAGCAAGGAAUCCCAUGACACGAUCGCACACCAAACGCAAACCACGGACGAUCCUGCUCCUCGUGGGGGUGCACGACGACUCGCGGCGGACAGUCAAGAUCAUGCUACCAACUCCACCCUGCUGCGCUCCCCAACGCCAACAAAAGGUGAUGCAGGGUUGGCUCUUAAUGAUCUUCAGGAAAAUGCAAUGGACAGACGAGGAGGAUGUGGCGACGAAGACCACUUGGAGGAUCAAAGCACGCCUUCAACACUACACGCCGUUGCAGCAGCUGCGCGUAGUUGUAGCACUGCCAAUCACGACGUCAAUGUCAGAAACAUGGCGGAGAAUGCUAAUGCAUCUGGGGACGAAGAGCCUCCUGCAGCCGCGCUUGCGUCCCUGAACUCCAAUGCGCACUCGAGCUUGUCCACAGCCUCCAGCAAUGUUCCCACGAUUCUUCUGGCAGAGCCAGAAGAUGUCGAACUACACGCAGAACAAUUGUGUGUCAACCCUGCCGCGAACAAGAACAUCAAGAACCACCAGCAGGAAGAUUGCCGCAUUUUUGACGACGAUGAUUCGGCGAGUGGCACAUUCAAAACUCUAACGCCCGGAGGAGCUACGAGGGAACGAUCUAGUCGUAGUCAGGACGAUGCAGGAGCAUUAGAACUUCAGCAAGGUCGUGAGAAGUCUCCUUUUUUUGCUUCAGCGCUGAGCAUCUCCAGCACCCGAGAAGAGCAAGCUGCUGCAAGCACGGGGCCACCAAAUGAUCUUGACGCUCUUGAUAAGGCGACGCUGGGCGGAAGUCUUGUGAAGCUAAGCAGCUCCUUCGAGCAGAUGGGAGAAACUCUAGGCCAGACGCAAAUGUUCAGCGCAUUGGAUCACAUGGUCGAAGCUCCUGUGCAGCACCAAGAGCGGUCUGAUGAAGGAACCUUCAGACCGGACAACGACAGCUGCAAGAGCAACCGUGAGUCUCUCGUCGAACAAAGACCGCAGAAUGAGCUACUGCUGGCAGGAGAGAAACAGGAACAACAGCAAAAACAUUGGUCGAACUCAUCAUCAAUUAUGAUAGAGGGCCGGGAGCAGGACGAGCAGCAGGACGAGCAGCACCAUGUGAUUUUUGACAAGAAGCACAUCACCGACACGCGGACGAGCUUGACUGAGCUGGAUACAGGAGCAGCCACGGAGGACGAACAUUCCUGCUCAACCACGGUUGGAGGCACUGCAACAGGCUACAUAUGCACUUCAAAAGUAUCGGUACCGCCCUAGUAGAAGUAGUUGUAAAAAUAAUUAUUGCACCACACUUGUUCCAGUUCUUUAGUGAAAAUGAAAUUUUUUGUGAUGCUCAUUGAGAGGGCAGGAAGGGAAGGCAGGUGAGGUCUCUGCUCCUGCUGCCAGAAAGGAAUUACUUUUGAUAUGGCGAGUGCGAUACUUUUGCAAAGGAUACUACAACUCGGUGAGCGAAAUCACGACUGCGUCAAACUUUCCCUUCUCUGGAUACACCACAAAAAGCAGCAAUCUGUUGCUGCCGUCCACAGUUAGUACUAGGCGCACUGGACGAGCAGGAACUACGGCAGCCGCGGACGAGGCGGACUCGGCCUCGGGCACCUCGACAGGAAGGGAAGAAGAACUGCUCGACGAGCAGCUGUCUGUACCACAUCAAGAAGAUGAAGCCCGACACUGUGCUGUUGAGGGUACGCGCACUACGUCUCCCCACAGCAACUCUGUGGCCCCAACAACCACAAGCUCACGAGCAGUCCCAAGUAGAAGUGUCGAAAGUAGAGGACCACUAGUCCCGCAGCGGCAAUUAAAGACGCCGGGACAGCAUCAGCCUCAGCUAGUGCACGGCCCCAGUGUACGGCGAAGCGCCGCUGGUCAUGAGGCGGCUGGACACAAAUUGCACGCGGAGCAGCGUCGCGAUCUGCAUCGCGCGGACCGGGACAAAAUGCCUCGGCCGACAUUGUGGUCAAAAAAUAACAACAAGCCAGACGUAGCAGGAGCUGGUGCGAACUUUACGUCUGCACGGCCCCACUUAGAAACAAGCGGCAGGAACGUCCUGGCUUCUAAAAAUGCUGGGCGCGGUGGCAGCGACUCCCGUCGACCGUCUGACGGUGCUCCGGCUGCCCCCCCAAGCCCGGAACAAGUGACCCGGUACCGGGCACUGCGCGUACCGCGCAGCCUGCAGCAGAAGCAUUCCGCCGGUCAAGAACAACCACACGAGCAAUUACACCCUGAGGACAGCGCCGUGCCCUCGCUAUCGUCGACGACGGAAGACCCGAAUGGAGCUUUGCAGCACUCGUCGAGUUCAAACGCGCUCAACAGGCUCCGGACCUCGUCGGACUCCAACACAACAGGGAGAUCGCUUCUGGACAAUUUGUCGAAGGUGAUGCAUCGUGGGCAGUAUCGGCGUUGCAAAUGUGUCUGGGUCGUCCGAAAAGGUGCAGAUAACUUGUCGUGACGCAGCGCCCUAUCACUAAUCAGUAUACGUACAAAGUAAUACAAAGUAAAAAACGCGUCUCACUAUUAAGAGGUGGAGGCAUUCUUUUUCUUGCCAAAUCGUUGUAUAAUAUACUUGUUCCGACGAUGAAGAUGCUACGCCACUUAUUCGAGACCUUCGCGGCCAAUCAAAACGUUGUACAUGCACUCUUGGUCUUGAUGCACACCCAGACAUAUUUGCAUGCGAUGGGCAGCAACGAGCUCACAACGAACACGCCGUGAUGAAUAACGGUCAAGCACAGGGGGCGCACUCAAAGGAGCUCCGGGAGCAGCAGCUACGCCGAGCAGCAGAAAACGCUGAAGCGCAUCGAGCCCGUCUCUUGCGCGGCCGUGGUCGAUCUCAAACAGACGGCCGCAUCGAUGGUAAUGCCAAGACCGCCCCUGGUGGAGGUGGUGCUCAUCACCCAGGAACAGUAGCAGCUGCUCUGCCCUCUGCAGCAUCUUCAACGCGCGGGUCGAAAGCGAAGAAAGGAAAGGAUCAGCUUCAAUUUCAACGACAUAACGCAGAGAAAAUGAAAAACAAAAAGAACCUUGAUGUCAGGGACGAAGCCGCUAGCAUUUCAUUCUCCAGCGGCCAUGGGACAGAAAGACUAGGAGAGCAGCUUGAAGACGGGUCAUCCAUUCCUCGAGCGCGGUCCAUGUCGACGUGCUCCUCCUCGCGCAUGCAGCGCGUCACCGCAACCUCGGCGAGUGCUUCUGCAAAGAUGCGAAGUGCUGCCCCCGAUGCGGCUUUUGCAGGCGGCCAAGAGCAAGCCGCGCCGCAGCAAGUUUUUCAGGACAAAGUAGUUGCUGCGUCGUCGUCCUCGCAGCAGGAGCUUGAUAAUGCGGGAGAUAAAUCUUGGUCAGGCGCCGCAGAAGAGUACCAGGAUGCUAAUACUCCUACGCAGCUGCCACACGGCAGCACCGCAGCGCCUGAGCCGCCUUCCGAAACGAAAAUCUUUCGAAUUGCUGAAGCGGUCCGGAUAGCGCCCGGUCUACCGCCAGAGCUGCGUGGAGACCUGCUUUCACUCCUGGAAUCGCGGAAAUAGCACACAGCUGCAGCACACCAGCUGUACCUGCAAGGAUGAUGAUGAUGAUGAUGAACGACGAAGAUGAGAGCAGGUUUAGGGUUUUGAUGGAGGACGGGUCGCGCAGCUGCACAGCAGCCACCCUAGUAUAGAAAUGAACGACGCGGCGGUGGCCCGUUUCAAUGACUCCAAUUUAUCAGUAUGAACUUUCUUCGGUGCGUGAGGAGGUGGAUGAUCGAAAGCUGGGCAUCGCCAAUCCUGGUUUAUUGGUUGCCCGUUGGAAUCGUGAAGUAGAUCAUGGAUUAAGCCUAUUUUUUUCGAAAGCUGGGAGCAAAACCCUAGUCGCAGGACGGUCCGCCAUUGUGCUGCAUCGUGAAAGUCUAAGCCUAGUUCGGUUGCUGCCCUCCAUUGGAAAAGAUCGUCACUGUGAUCCUUGGAUCCCCCAAAA